GAGGUUCAGUAGAAAGUUGAGUACUGAGGCGAGCGCAACCUGCAAUCGGCGGUGCACGUGUUCGGGGAUUCCUUUAAAUAAAUUCCAAUUACUUCCUUUUUUUCUUUGUCAAAUGUGCAACUUGCAAAAGUUUUGUGUCAAUGCCAAAAAUUAGCAAACUCAAAUUACUUAAGCAAUUCAGAUUGAGCAGUCUGUCAUCCAGCAAAGGAUCACGCACGGGCAACUCGGCCAACAAUAAGGAACUUAAAGUGCUAACGCUGCUUCAAACUGUACCGUGAACUUUGAACUCUGCCCACUCAGCAU